GCAGUUGAAUAUAUUAAAGUAAUAUGCGUCUAGUUUAAUAUAUGAAAUAAUAAAGGAGAUUAUCGGAGAUGUUCUAGCUAUCAAGGUAAUGCUGUUUUCUGUUCGAAACAGGAAUAACGACAAUUGGCAAGAUGUCAACAGUACAACAAGGUGGUUAUGUAAACAAUGUCGUCGAUGGAUACCCAACCGACUUAUCCGAUACUGUAGAAUACGACGAAUGUCUUGAAAAUGUCGACAAAUCCGAUUAUGAUCAAUUGUCUCCAGACAAAGAUGGUUUAAAUCAUGAUUAUAUAAUUCUGACAUCAACACUCAAGGCGGAUUCUAAGCGAUCAGACUAUGAAGUUCAUCAAAAGAACAAAUCUCUAUUGAGGCCAAUAUUUCUUAUAAUGUGUUGCAUCUUGAUUUCUGUAGGAGUUACAGCUGCUGCCACUUUCUUUGCAACAAAACAUUUUUAUUCAGAAAACAAGGACAAGUAUACAGACUCAACACAAUGCAAUAUGUCUAGCGACAACGGCUAUAAUGAAACAGUCGACAGUCCUGAUACAGACUCAACACAAUGCAAUAUGUCUAGAUAUAACGGCAAUAAUGAAACAAUCGACAGUCCUGGGUCAUGUUUGAUAGGACCAUGUGUAAACGGAGGAACAUGCGUAAACUAUACAUGUCUAUGUGAAGAUGGCUUCGCUGGAUUCAAAUGUGAAAUAGAUGUCAACCAAACAUGCAAAUAUGAUGCCGACACACUUAUACCACACCCAAAUACAUGUCAGCUAUUCUAUAACUGCAGCCAAGCGGUGUCGCCCCUUCCCACAGAAGACAGACUAUACACUCAUAGGCCACAAAUUCUGAGACCUGCCUACCUGCAUGAAUGUCCGUACCCUGAACUUUUCUCCACAUCAACUUUGACCUGUCAUAAUUAUACGGAAGUGAAUUGCAGGUCUAGAUUUGAAACAAAAAACAAAUGUGACUAUCUUGCUGUUAGUUAUAAUUGCGUUCAUGGACCAUGCAGAGUCUGCGUUUAUUUUACACCUGACUGCAUGGGAAUCUCUGAAUGGAAUGUACAGAAAUGAAUACGUUGAGCCACCCGGAGGACAUUAUUUUGAAUGUCAAGAUGAAAGAAUUAUCUAUGAUGGCGGUAAUCCCUGUCAAACCAACAUGGCACCUUAUAAUGGCAAAUGCAGAGAUUUAUUCGAAAUUCCAACAUCCUAUUGGCAGGUUGGAUAUGGUGUUGACUGCUCCGGUCGGCCAAACGGUAACUAUAAAAGUGAACGGAUUCAAAGGUGUGAUAUCUACUACAUUUGUGUGAAUGGAAACUCCACACUAGCACACUGUGGAGAAGGAACAGUCUUUGAUUCAAAAUCUUUAUUCUGCCAGAAUCCAGCAAGUGCAUGUCGUCCCUGUGGAUCUGUCGAUAACGGCUGUUAAUGAUAUAACAGUCAAUAUUGUAAAGCGAAUGUGCAAACGUUUUCUAAACAGUCAAGAUAAAAUCAUUUGUAAAAUGGCCUUACUCUACUUUUUGAUAUAAAAAACAACAUUGAUCAGUUCCCUUUUCUAUUGGAUUUACGUUUCAUACACACACCAGAAAGGCCGAAAUAUUGCAAUAUCUAAAUCCAUUCAGGCCAUUAGAAUGAAGGGCAAAGAAAGAAUGUAUGUAUUUACUAAGGACUCGGACUUAAUGCUCUUUAACUUAGUAGUGUAUUUCAUUUUUUAUUCGAUAAUGAGUAAUGAGUAUUUUAUAGACGAAACGUGCGUCUAGCGUACAAAAUAAAAACUUAUUGUUGGUGAAUAAUUUUAAUGCAAUAUUUCUUUGUUACAUAACAUGUGUAUUUCAACGGACUUAUUUUCAUAGCAGUGUUCGAACUAUAAAAUUAAAAUCAUGCGUAUGCUU